AGAUUCACGAGAGAGCAUGUCGUAAAAUGGAUCAUGGCCCACUUUGAUGAGAAAAGUGGUUACAUCCCUUGUAAAACGGAGUGGGGACAGUGGUGGCAGACAAACGAAGAAGUCUUCAUAGAAAUAAACGUGCCCCAGGGAACCCUGGCGAAAGAUAUCAAGUGUGCAUUCGCCCCCAAACACAUUAAAAUAGCUGUGAAAGGAGAAACAGUCAUAGAGGGAGACCUUCCAAGUACAAUACAUUCAGAUGAAGCUUUGUGGACUUUAGAGGACAAGAAAUUUUUAAGGGUGUUCCUGCCCAAGGGACUAGCUGUAGCUGAGAACCUCUGGAACUCACUGCUUGUGGGACAGUACGAGACUGACGCCUGGACGUUCGACCAGAUGGAAAAGAAAGCUACGCUACAAAAAUAUCAACAGGAGAAUCCAGGUUUUGAUUUUUCUGGUGCAGACAUUUCAGGAAAUUAUCACAAAGGAGGACCAAAACUGUCUGACAAAUAGAAGACAAUUUUAAAAGACAAAUUAGACAUAUUUAUAAUAGUUAGUAAAUUAUAAGCUGAGC